AUGGACUACAUACAACGAGCACGCAAUAACCCUGAGGAACUGGCCAACAAUGGCCUCAUGGUACAGUUAAUAGACCAGAUAGCCGGGCUGGCGGGAGGCCUGGCAGCCACCAACCAGGAAAUCCGCACGAUCAAAUAUGAGCAAGCGGAAUUAAAAACGCAAGUAAAGAGCCUGAUGAAGAAUGGCCGGGGAGUCGACUACGACGCCUUCGGUCUAGUCCACCAAAACGGGCUCUUUUAUUUGGAUAGCAUGCGGAUCUUCACGACUGGGAACGUGGAUGAGAGCAGGAUCAAGAACGUCCUAAGGGAAGCGGACGUUAAUAUUAAGCGGAUCAGGCUCCUGGGGAGCGAUCCGAAUAAAGACCGCAGAUCCUGGUGCGCGUACUUCGAUAUAACGGAUCGACCCUCCCCGCUUGUGUCAGGUUGUCGUCGAUGCCCAAUUUCUGAUGCCGUAGGACCUCAGCUGUAA